AUGCCAGACGCACCUCUGAUAAGCGGGCGCUCGCGAGACAUCAUCUACGAUUCCUGUGAGCCUGGUGAUGCGAGUAAUGCAAGUAUCGGGUCCGGGGAAGGCACGGGGGAAGAGGAUGACGAUACAAAUGGAAAGAAAAACCAGAAGAAACGCGGUAUCUUCCCCAAGGUGGCCACCAACAUUCUGCGGGCGUGGCUCUUUCAGCACUUAACGCAGUUGCCCACUACUAGUUCUGAAUACACGAGAUCCGUUGUGCGUGAAUCGACAGAAAUUGCAGAAAUCCUAUUGGUGGAAGUUGAAAAAACUGUUACUACGUCAACACUGAAAACCUCCACGCCGAGUCGCGGCCCCGUCGCUUUUCAAUUAAAAUUUCCUUGCGAGAGCAAUAAAUUUUUCAUUGCUGCGGCGGCGGGACGGUGCACGGCUCAGUGUUGCGUAGUAAUUUCUAGAAUGGGUUUUCGCGGGGCGGGCGCGGGGGCGGAGGGUGCAAUUUCAUUACCGGUCCGGAUCCGCGCCCAUAAAUCACCAGGGCCGAAGAAGGCGCCGCUCGCUCAGCACAGUUCAGGUGAUGCUCGCAAAGUCUCCUGUGAGCCUGGUAUUUCUGUUUCAUUUGCCGCGAGCCGCCGAAUCCCACUUUCUUUAUGGCUAUGA